GGGGCAUCGACCUCUUGCAUGACGCUUGCACCAAUCUGCAUUGAACCAUUGGAACUUCUCUCCGGAACAUCUUGAAGAGUACACUACAGCAAACACAAAAUGUUCACAGGCAUCGUUGAGAUCGUCGGCACCGUCUCCAAGCUCGUCGAGCACGAUGAGUCCUCCAGCGGUGGAGGCGGAACCUCUUUGACCAUCAGCGAAUGCUCUGAAAUCCUCGGUGACUGCCAUUUGGGCGACAGCAUCUCGAUCAACGGAACCUGCUUGACCGUCACCGAAUUCAGCAAGAAUGAGUUCAAAGUCGGUGUCUCACCCGAAACACUGCGAAGGACGAAUUUGGGCAAAUUGAAAGAGGGAAGCGGGGUCAAUCUCGAACGAGCAGUCAGCGCGAGUACACGAAUGGGAGGACAUUUUGUGCAAGGACACGUGGACACUGUUGCAGUCGUCGCGGAUAAGAGACCUGAUGGGAAUGCUGUGACAUUCCGGUUGCAGCCCAAAGAUAAGAGUGUGUUGAGGUAUAUUGUGGAAAAAGGAUAUGUGACGCUCGAUGGAGCGAGUUUGACUGUCACGGAGGUCAAUGAUGAGGAAGGAUGGUGGGAGAUGAUGCUUAUCGCUUAUACGCAGGAAAGGGUUGUGCUAGCGAAGAAGGAGGUGGGAGAGGAUGUUAAUGUGGAGGUGGAUAUGGUUGGGAAGUAUGUGGAGAAGAGUGUUGCAGCGUAUUUUGAGGGGAGCGGUGGGACGGGUGGUGCGAUGUUGGAGAAGAUGGUGAGGAAUAUUGUGAAGGGGACGAAGUAAUGGAGGUACGAGCAGAAGUUGUCUUCGUUCUGGGCUUCGCCUGAUCGUGGUCCCUCGAAUGUGACAGGUACGUGAAACACAGUGCUCUUGCUGAUGCCCUCGUUCACGGCUGUCCAGUGAUGCUCUUAUGAUCACGUAAGCCUGAGGCAUCUCUGCUUGAGUUGAGAUGUUGCCCUUCUACUCGCGUUGCACAGUGGUGGCGCAGAUGCUCAGCCUCCGCAUAGCUGACCUUGUUAUAAAGCUCUCUGUGCUCUGGCUGUUCCGGAAGACGGAUUCAGUCGUUUAUACUAUGUACGGUGUCUCAGCAUCCCGCGAAUCCCAGGCUACAACGACGCAAUACGCCCACGAUCCAGUACCCCCAUGCCAUACUGCUAGAUGGAAGGUGCCUGAGCAUCACACAGAACCUGGCAGAAGGGCUCCGCAGACUUAGGUCUCGCGUAGAUCGGAAGCAAUUGUGGAUAGACGCUAUCUGUACCAACCAGAGCGACCCGACCGAGCGCGGUACACAGGUCGCCAUGAUGUUCGACGUCUAUACGCUAGCCCAGGACGUUAUUGUCUGGCUGGGAGAGGGCACAUUUCCUGAGGGAGACCAAGUCGCGUGGCAGUUGACCAGAUGCCUUGAAGAUGCAGAAGAGCGAGUGCGACAAAAGAAACCGAACGAGUAUUUCAGACCCCGGGAAAAACUGCGAAU